UUCGGCGAUGUGGAGGUCCGCUCAAAUGGCUAUCAGCCGACAGCCGCUGAUGCCAACAAUGCACGCGCCAACGAUGAAGAACACGACUUAGUCGAUAUUGUCGGCGAUUAUCUGCAGGGACACGAUGUUACCAUGGACUUGCCUCUGGGUGAUGCCAAAGUCACCGUCUCUUCACGCAAUUUGGCCAACGAUGAGUUGAGUCUUAAUGUGAAAUUGGCCGGUGAUGGUGUGGUUGAGGGCAAGGGCAAGAAACAUCGUUUGCGUAAAUUGAUUACGCCAUUGAUGGUGUUGAUUUUGCUCAAAUCCAUGACUGUCAUUCCAAUGGCCAUUGGCAUACUGAAAAUAAAGGCUUUCAAUGCGUUGGCGUUGGGCUUCUUCUCAUUCAUUGUGUCGGUUGGUUUGGCCAUUUUCCAAUUGUGCAAGAAGGCUGUCGUGGGCUGUUGA